AGUCACGAAAAGGUAGGAAUACCUGUAUUCCAAGUCUCCGCGGUCGCGACUACGUACACAGUAACUUUCGCGGGUAUCAAGUGACGCACCGCGAGAAUUUAGACCAUUACAGAAUUCUUUGUGCCAGUUAAAAAUGUUCGUGCCAAUAGACCCUUGUACAAUCCUCAAUUUGGGUUAGCAGUGUUUGUGUUUUUGUGUAAGGUGUCACUUGACAUAUGGUUUUCUCGUGAAUGGGGCCACCACUCCGAUUGGAUUACAUUUCCACAUGUUUCAACUGGAUUUACUUGUUUUGAAAGACUGAAGGUGAGAAACUGCGUUGAAGGGUAUCUGCGUACAAGUUUUCCCUGUUCGAUUCGGAGCUCUGCUGUGGACCUAGAUUUGUGCACGAGCAGCGUUCAAGAUGCCUUCGUUAUUGCCGUGGAACAGCAAGCUCGGGAACGUCUGGAGAGGCUGUCCGCGCUCAAACGGAUUACGCCCGUCGAGAUAGACAAACUCUCACACCAAUUCCAGUUGACAAAGACUACAAGCGCAGCAGAGGAACUGAACGGAUUUAUAAAAAACUCGCCGAUAUACGUGACUUCUCUGACCGCUACCGAGAAUUUCAACAACCCCACGAACAAAACGGGAGGCAGCGUUCUGAGCAGCACGACGUCCGUGGUGGCCGUUAACAGGGACGUCACUCCAACCCCGAAACCUCAACUGCCCAAUGGACACAACUCGUUGACACAGAACGCCAUCGACGUCAGAAACAAAGAACCAAAUAAAGUACCAAACGAUACCAGGGCUGCUCAAUCGGGAGACCUCUUAAAAACGAAAGAUAGUCCGACGCAUGGAAAUCGACUGAUAGGCGACAGAAGAGGAUCCUCACCUUUUCAGAAUGGAAGAACUGAGCUGCUGAUCGGAGCAGAAGACAAUAAUAAACUCAAAACGACGGCUAUUGUGGAAAGCAAUAAUAACAGUAAACUUGGAAUUGACUCCGAAAACAGGCCCAGGAGGAGGUCUGGAAGCAGUAUCGUUGUUCUGGACGUGGAACUGGACUCUGUAAAGAAACAUCCAGACGAUUUAGAUGACAGCAUCGACUACAACAUGGUGAUGAUGCUGCCCGGCGACAAUGGGCCUCACAGGGAAAUGGCCGUUGACGUCCCAGACACCUUCAUAGCCAGAAAUAAAACACCGCCUAGAUAUCCACCGCCCAAACCUACCUUGCAGGUAGGGUACGACAGACUAUCUGGAGUAACUUUCGGCGAUGAUACUCAAGAGAGGGCAAUAGACGUGCCAGAUAAUUUCGUAGAAAGAAAAAAGACUCCCCCUAAGUACCCAUCGCCAAAAGUACAUAAGAGCGGACUGAAUGGCACCACCAUCCCCCAACCCCCGUUACCAGAUUUGAAUUCCAAACCUGUACCACCGCCGAGGGAUCAUCUGAAAAUCGAGAAAGAUGGCCGUCUAGUCAACAGGGCACCUGCUCCACAGUUACCUGCGAGAAUUACAAAUAACAAUAACAUCACCCCAGCCCCUGCCCCCCAGACUCCCUCACCCACGACGGUCGUAGAACCGACGAAGGAACAGUUGGACAGCAUAAAGAAGUACCAGGAACAAAUAAGAAAGCGCAAAGAAGACGAAGACAGGUUGGCCGCUCAAACCGAAUUCCUCAACCGAUCUCUUCGCGGUUCUCGUAAACUACAGGCCUUAGAGAGCCGGCCGCAGGGUUCCGUAAACGAUGCAUUCGAGGACGAAGGUCAAGAGUCAUCCAGGUCGGCCACCCCCUCACCAGCUGUCGAGAAAGAACUCGUUCACGUAGCUUAUGCUUAUGGCGACUUAGUUGCAUCAGUUCAGCGAUUGCAGCUUCAACUGAAGAAAGCUGGAACGGGUGGUGGCUUGGGAGGAUUAGAAGGUCGCAUCGCUGCCAUACAGUCCUUGCUUCUAUCCCCUCAAUUUGGUAGGGCCCUGGCCGUCUACAACAAAGUCCAAGCCGUAAGGACUAGAACGACUCCCAGGCCCAGUCCGACAGCCCAAACUGCCCUUAGAGACUGCCUUGACGCUAUUGGGAACUCCCAAAGUGCAUACGCCGUAGAAUUGGCCACCCUUUUAACAGGGUAUGAAUUUGAAGCCCUCAUGGUGGCUCACGAUGGAGUGGCAUCAACAUUACCAGCUGAUUCUACAACACCCACGCUAUCUUCUGCCGAUUCCGUACCUCAAUCGGUAACGGAUCGUAGGUAUGGGGAGGACAACAUAAAAAUUAUAAAAAUCGAGAAAAGUACUGAACCGUUAGGGGCCACAGUCAAGAAUGAAGGAGAUGCUGUGGUGAUAGGAAGGAUAAUUCGAGGUGGGGCAGCAGACAAAAGCGGGCUCCUACACGAAGGCGACGAAAUCCUCGAAGUGAACGGUAUCGAAAUGCGCGGAAAGAGUAUCAACGCAGUCUGUGAUAUGCUUCAAACAAUGGAAGGUACCCUGACUUUUCUUAUCGUACCUGCAUCGUGUCAGAUUCGACCACACGGUAUUCGAGACUCGUUUCUCCACGUUAGGGCUCAUUUCGACUACGACCCCGAAGAGGACAUGUACAUCCCGUGCAGAGAGCUGGGGAUAGGCUUCCAAAAAGGUGACGUUUUGCAUAUCAUUAGCCAAGAGGACCCCAACUGGUGGCAGGCUUACAGGGAGGGGGAAGAGGAUCAGACUUUAGCAGGUCUGGUACCGUCACAAACUUUCCAACACCAAAGAGAGAGUAUGAGGCUAGCUGCCGAGGAGAGGAUGUCGAAGCCCCAAAGGAAAUCGACGACACUACUCUGCGGCAAAACGGCCAAACGGAAAAAGAAAAAAGGCGCCUACGCCGACGGCGGAUACCCCAUGUACGCGAAUGCCGUCGACGAAUACGAUCCGGAGGAAAUCCUGACGUACGAAGAGGUUUCCCUGUAUUAUCCCAGAGCGAACAACAAGAGACCCGUCGUGCUCAUAGGACCGCCGAAUAUCGGUCGUCACGAGCUUCGACAGCGACUAAUGGAGGAUAGCGAAAGAUUCGCCGCCGCCAUACCUCAUACUUCUCGCGCUCGAAAAGAAAAUGAAGUGGAUGGCCAAGAUUAUCACUUCAUAACUCGUGCUCAAUUUGAAGCGGAUAUACUUUCGAGGAAAUUCGUCGAACAUGGAGAAUACGAGAAAGCCUAUUAUGGUACUUCGUUGGAUGCCAUUCGAUCUGUGGUCAAUUCCGGCAAAAUUUGCGUUCUGAAUUUACACCCGCAGAGUUUGAAAAUUCUGAGAACUUCCGACCUGAAACCGUACGUUGUCUUUGUAGCACCCCCCAGUCUGGAAAAGUUGAGGCAGAAGAAAAUCAGAAAUGGAGAGUCUUAUAAGGAAGAAGAACUUAAAGACACAAUUGAGAAAGCACGAGAAAUGGAAGAGAAAUACGGACACUUCUUCGACCUGAUAAUUAUAAAUAAUGAUACAGAGAGGGCUUAUCACCAGUUAUUGAAUGAAAUAAAUAGUCUAGAACGAGAACCUCAGUGGGUUCCAGCAGCAUGGGUCAAGGCGCCGUAAUGACAAAUUGUCCCGCCAUAGGUAUUCAUUCCUGAAAGAAGAAUUGCUGGAGCAUUUUUCAAAAGAUCACAUCGUCUGUGAGUUUGACAGCAUCAGCAAAUAUCAUUUGUACAUGGUAUCGGUUAAUGGUAUCAACUUGAGCGGCACUUUGGUUUUUCAAUGAGAAAUAUCUGACAAGCUAGAUAUAUAAAUACUAUUAGAAAGUAUAUUUACUUCAUAUUGGUGUGUAAUGUCACAUGGUAUCUACAUGUUGAUUGUACACUUUGAAUUUGUAAAAAAGCGGUACUGAAUUCAAGAAAUUAUAGCUGAUUUAUACACCAAACUUUCAUAAAAUUUGUGAAUUCAGUGUAGUCACAUUUCAAAGGUUAUAAUUAACACUUUGAUGGCCGGAGACGUAUAAAACUAACUAGGUGAGAAUAUGAAGAAAGUGAAUUAGGUAAAAGAACAAGAAACAAUUAAUCCCAGAGGGUGUGAGAACUCUUUAUGUAGCAAAAUAUGAGCUGUCGAAUCCAAGAAAAUGUAGCAGAAAUGUUAUGGAUAUUAUAAAAAGUAUUGUUCAUUGUUAUCUGCUUUUGCAGAAGUUGGCAAAGAAAUGUACAAUAAAUCUAGGCUACCUAAACUGUCUGGAUUUUGACAACUACAGAUUGAUGUUUAGUCUACUGUCCAUAAACAUCAGAGUUUAAAACAAAAACUGUGGAACAGUCAAAUACUACUUCAUUUGAACUAAUUUUUUUCGUCAAUUUUUGAAUUUUCUGCAAUUUUUGCUUUCAAAGUCUUGGGAUUCUGGACAGAGAAUUAGACAACCACAGAUCAAUGUUCAGUCUACUAUUGAGAAUCAUAAAACUUUGAACGAAAAAACUGCAGAAAAGCCAAUUAGAGUUGAAAAACAACAAAAUAAUAUUACUCUAUAUAAAGUAGUAUUCGACUUUUUUGGGAUAACUCAAAUUUUGCAGUUGAUAUUGAAUUCUCACUUUCUUUGGGAUCAAAUCUGCUUCUUGUUUUUUUUAAUCUUUGAAAAAUGUUUUCUUACUAAUUCUGUUUUUUGUCCUUAUUCUAAAUUUCUUAGUCCCAUCAAAAUCGUCAAAAUGUUAACUAGAAGCUUUUAAAUGACAACAAAAUUUGACAGUUUGAAUAAUUAAAAAUUGACAUAACAAUUUUUUAUCAAUAAAACUAUCAUUAAAUUCUUGAAUUUAAUAUAGUUGUUUCAGCAUAUGAAAGUUUAUAAUUAUUAUUUUGAUGACUAUAACAGGGCAUAUAAAGCUAAAAAAUGAAGAAAGGGAAGUUAUCUUGUGAGAAAACAUUUCUCAAAGAUGUGCAAAAAUGUGAAAAAAGGAGAAACAGACUCAAUGCCAAUGGCAGUAAAUAUUUUUUACCAUUUCAGUACAUUUACAUAGUAUGUAAAUAUAUAUCAUUUCCACUCCUCAUCGUCAGUAGCAAAAUAUCAAACUUUUGAAAGUAAUGCAUAUUGUGACUGACACUCUUAACAUGAUGAGAGCAACUUUUGAAUAAAUCAAAUUAUAAAUCUUAUGAGGAAUAGUAAAAUAUAUUUCAGAAACAGAAAGUGGUGUAGUUGAAAGAUUUCUGCACUUUCUAUUAACUACUAAUUCCUAGAUUGAAAAUCGAAUUGAGAUAAUAGCGAUUAACUGAGAGAGGGCAAUAAUUACUGUAAAUGAAUACAAUUUAGAAUCAUAUAAAAACGUGUUUAAAUUCCAUUGUUUAUAGCUAUGUAUAUUUAGCGUCUCGAAUAUGUAUAUAUACUAUAUUAAAUCAGUUUCAAAUAUUGAAUGAUUCAGGAGAAUCGAGAAUAUCAAUAUUGAAUGCGAGAAAAAAUGUUCAAUACAGUCGAAAUUAUCGAUUGAAGUUCUUAGUUUCUGAAAUAAUCACAGAAACCCAGAAAGUAUGAAAUGUUUGCAUGUAACACCAACCUUUUAUCUCCUCUUAGACCGAAAUGAAAUUGAAAUCAUUAAAAAAAAGUUAAAUUGUCUAUAGCAGGCAUCCUACGUUAAAAAUUUUAAGGGGUUACUUUCAUUUCUGAUUUUCCUACACAGAUGGCACUUUGAAAAGCAACAAUAGCUGAUGGCUUCUACAAAACCAAAGGAAACCAAAAAAUGCUUCAAAUUGUUCCAUAGUAAAAAGGAGCACAAAAGGUGUGCAUUCUUUGUGAGUUCAUUUCCAGAGCCCACCAACAAAGGAAAAGGGAGUCAGGUAUAACCUUGCUUGAAAGCUAAAUUAUUAAUCAAAAUUAAACUCGGAUAUGUUCAAAACGAGAAUAGGCUAGGAAAAAAACGAAGAAAAAAUUAUUUCGACAUGAAAAAAUAUAUAACUCCAUUGUUAGGAUUACCCUAUGACUUGAAAGAAAUUAAUUUUGGCUUCUUAUCAGUUUCAAAUAAAAGGUCGAUCCUAGCAUUUGGGUAUUGUUCAUUUUGUACCGAAUAUUUACAGAAAGACAGAAGAACAUGAUACAAGCAUUAUCAAAGUUACGAGAGGGAAGAGUCAUAGAAGAAUCGUUAAUUUAGAUUUUUCUGCUUUAUUAUUAAACAGAAAAUAAAAAGGUAUAGAGGUUUUCCACAACAUUUUAUAAAUGCUACGAAUUCAAGUAUUUGAUUUUAAGUAUGAUGUUUCGUAUUUUACAAGUUACCGAGUCUGUGAAUGAAGAUAUUGUAUGGGCCAUAACGGAAUAGGAAAAUAACUGGUAAUAAGGAUUCAGAAAAAAAAUUCUUGUUGGUGAAAAUAACAAACGACAAAAAACAUCCUAUUAUCAAAGUUUGUUAUGUAAAAAAAACACUGAAAACACCAUAAGACAGAUUUUAAAUUGCAAAAGACAUUAGCGGAAAUGAAAUAUUUUGAGACUGGGCAAAAUCACUUGUUGCUUAUUGAAACAGCAACAGAGAAAAAAUAAGAGAAAAGGUCGGUUAAAUAUACAUAUUUCAGAGUACUACUAAAUUUCAGAGAUAUGCUGGAAAAAAUGACACUUUUGAAACUCUUUUUUUGGCUGUAUCGUCAUUAUUUGCAGAGAUAUUCUGAAUUUAUGUAUACUCUGCUGCAGAACUUCCAGUGGGUUAUCAGAAUAUAUUCAUAGAAUUUUUUAUCGAUUAUCCAACUUGAGUCACUCUCAACUUUUAAAUUUUAAAUACGGACCUGUAUUUUUUUGUAGACAUUUUUUUAUUAACAAUAUAUGUUUAAUAUUGAGAAAUUCUAUUGUCUUCGAUAUUAUUAACGUUCUUAAUAAAAAAACGAAAGGUUCAGGAAUCUCGAGAAUUUAAUUUCUCAAUUUCGAAUGAACAUUGCCAAUUGAAAAAAUUGCUAAAGAAAGUACUAGUAUUUUUUCAAUAUUCCAAGUGGCCUCCCUUUAUAACCUUUUUGUGCACAUAUUCUGAUAACCCAUUGAAAAUUACCAUGGCAAAGUAUAAACAAAUUUCCCAUAUCUCUAUGAAUGAAGAUGUUGAUAAAAUUUUUGAAUUCUCAGUUUUCUUCUGUGUAUCUCUGGAACCAAAAAAAUAUUCAAGUUUUUAGUAUAAUUCAGUAGUAAUUCAAAAAUGGUUAAUUUUUAUUAGUGACUCUGGAAUCUAGAGAAGAGAUACGCCCACAAAAAUUGUUUCUUCUUACUACUUACCACAGACAAAAAUGCAAGCAGUUCGCGAUUUUUAGAAAUUUAGUUUCAGCUAUUUUUCAAAGUGCCAUACUGUAUGAGAUUUUUUAAUUUAUUUCACUUUACUUCUAAAUGUACCUUAUUGAAACUAAAACUGAGUUAACCUACCCUGUUUUCUGUGGAUCAUCAUGUAGAUAGGUAUAUUAAUAGAAUUUUGAGUAAAUCGCUCAUAUUUUGAUUGAUGUUAGAAAACUUUUGUAAUCUAAUGAAAUACAAAUUAGAAUUCUUUCAUUGGUGAUAACAGUAUGGUAUUGAUAUUAACCAUUUCAUUCAUUUAUUCCAAUUAUAUUUUAAUGUAACUUUUAAAAUUAGUGAUGUGUAGGUGCAAUUUUAAGAGUUUGUAUUAUUUUUACUUUUUUAUAUAAACACAAUUACUUGGAAUUUAUUGCUGAAAACUUUAAUUAGUAGAUCUGAAGUCAUGGAGGUUAUUAUAUUUUGUUUUAUUUAUUUGUUAUUGUUUACCUGUACAUAAGAUAUAUCAACUAUGUAUAUAAAAAUCAGACCCUAUGGUGUCUGGUAGCGACUUACUUGUAUUAUAUAAUAUACUAUAGAAUGUGACUUCGGGGUUCCUUUUUAUUAUCAAAUAUUUUAUUAUGCAUAAAUCAUUGUUUUAGAAUAAUUGCAGAAAUAAAGAUUUCUCACUAUUA